AUGCACUUUCGCAGACAUGAUUUGGUAAGUUGUACUUAUAUUGUUCCUUUUUGGUCUAUACGUCGUAUUUUACAAUAAUAUUAAAAAAAAUCUAUUUAUGUUGAAAAUAAAUCUUUUUUAAAAAAAAGACAAGGUAGGGCUAAGAAACAGUGCAAUCAAGCUACUAACUCGUACUGUAAAGCCUUAAAAAAUUAUAGGAUAACGCAGGGUAAGCUGUUGUAGAAAGGAUAAGGUAGGAUAUUAAAAGAAAGGGGGGGGAGAAAGACAGGGCAAAAAAAUUUUUUUAAAGUUUCUUUUUUCUUUCCUCCCUCUUCUCAUGCCCAAGAUUUUUUCCAAAAAUAUGUUUAAAAAAACUAUCUCCCCCCCCCCUUUCCUUGUGUCUUUCUCUAGACAUGAGGAACGAGCGUGCCCGAUCUCGACCUAAAUUGAGGUCGGGUUAGGCCUGAAAAUCAAGGCCCAGCUCGGUCCGAAAAGCCCAGUCCAUUUGCACGUAAAAAAAUCGGACCGGGCCUGAGCAAAAUUUAGAUUGAACCAGGCCAAAAAAAUGGGCCCUGCUUGUUUGGCAUGUCUACCUCUUUCAUCAUUAGUCAUCCCUUUUCUAACCUGUAUCUUUAAAUUUUUGAAAGAACCUUCUUGACAUUACAUUGCCAUACCAAUUUUAAAUUUUCAAAAAUGUCAAAAAAUUUUAAAACUAAUAAAUGUUCAAUAUCAGAAUUCCCAUUCCUAUAGCCUCAAAAUGGUUUCGGCACAUUUUUACGGAUUUUUAGUGCAUUUGAAACAACGUUUUUUUGUUUAUGGCCGUUAUGAAUUUUUAAAAACCGGCUAUUCAUACGGCCAAGGUUUCAAACAGAAAUGUUUGCACACACUUCAUGUCAAAACAUGGAUUAUAUUAUUCAUGUUGGGGUAAAACACUAGUUUUUGUAUGUUUUAUACAGUAAAAGAGCCUUGCCUUGCCUUGCCUUGCCUUGCCUUGCCUUGCCUUUCCUUGUCUUGCUCUACCCUGUCCUACACUAGACACCUAUCUUUCUUACCCCUCCCAACCCGACCUGUGAAUAAUUGCUUUAUAAUACAUUAUCCGUUACCUUGGUAACGUAUUAUUUGGUUUCUUUUUGUCAUAUAGGACGUUAGCGUAUUUUACAAUUAAUUUUUUUUAAAUUUUUUAAAAUUAUAAUAUAAUUUUAAAAAUUACAAAAUUAAGCCAAAAUAUGUUUGUUAUAUGUUUGUCCGAUCUGUAAGAGCUCUUUCCCUUCAAUUUGUCGCUGCGACGCUCUUUUUCCUUGAUCUCUCUCUUCACAGGGUAGGGGAACGAAAUGGUUGAUCAUUUUUGGAGGUCAGCGAAAGAGACAAAAAUACGGAAAACAAACCAAAAAAUUGCGAGUUUUGUGUUUGGUAGAGGAGAAAAUUUCUAUUUUUUUACUUUUUUUUGAUGUAGGGUAGAGUAGGUUAGGGUAGGUUAGGGUGGGUUAGGGCUAGUGAAGAGUAAGAAUAGAGUAGGAAAAGUUGGGUAGGGCUAGGGAGGGUAGGGUAAAGUAAUCUGUAACGUUUUUCCUUAAAUUUUUUGAAAUUUUCUUAUUUUUAGCUUUUUGUAACUAUAACAAUGCCAUUUUUUAUUCGAUAAAAAAGAAAUUUUGUAAAAUUAUAGUGUAGUCUAGUUAAGUUUAUUACCUAAAAUUUCAAGAUUUAUGCUUAUAAAUUGAAGUCAUUACUAAGUUUCAAAAAUUAAUCUUAAAAACGCCAAAAUUCAACUUUUUUUGUGAAAAAGUCAUGGUAAAUAAAAAUUUUUUAUUUUAAUUUCAAGCUUUUUUUAUUUAAAUCUUCAUUUUAGGUAGCCUUCAACAAAGAGCAUGACCGCCUGUUCUCAAUUGCCAAGAAAACAAAAGAUCAUGGUGAGGUUACCUCUCACUAUUAUAGUGUCAUGUCGGCCGUUAUAAAUGAAUAUUUCAAUGGAAAUUUUCAUUUUGUACCGCCAUCUGAAGAUGGACAAACCUUGGAAGAGGCUUUGAACUCGUUACAUCAAAGAAUUGCAAAAGAAUUGGGGUUAAAAGAAGGUGUCACGUGUGUUGAUAUUGGAUGCGGCAUUGGCACGGUAAGAAGGUUUUUGUCAGUUUAUGGUUUGUAAAGAAAGUUUUUGCCAUUUUAUGUUUUUUAAAGAAAGUUCUUGCAAGUUUAAGCCAAAAAAUCAUUUUUUUCGUAUUUUGCAGUCUGCGGGUGACAAGUUAUACGACAAGUGCCAUUUUUAGUUUUGUAAAGAAAGUUCUUGCCAUUUUAUAUUUUGUAAGAAAGUUCUUGCCAUUGUUGAUAAAAUUUAAAAUUUUUUAAGUUAACAUUCUGUAUUUCAGGUGAUUCAAGAGAUUGCCCACACAGGAGCCUCAAUAACUGGAGUUACCAUCGCUUCAAACGAAGUAAAAGUAGGUAAUGAAGCCCUAAAACAACUUGGAUAUGAUCAAAAAUGCAAGCUGAUCGAGGCCGACUGUCACAAAAUGCCAUUUGAAGAUGCUAGUCUGGACUGUGCUUAUGCCAUUUAUGCUUUGAAAUAUUUCGAAGAUUUGGAGCCGAUUCUAAAAGAAGUCGCACGAUGUUUAAAGCCCGGCGGAAAGUUUGUCAUUUAUGAUUUGGUAAAGACUGAUCAGUAUGAUGAGAACAACGAGAAGCACAGGCAAGAGUUUUAAAAUAAUUUUUUUUUGGUUUUAGGGUUUAAAAUGGCAAGAACUUUCUUUACAAAACGUAAAAUGGCAAGAACUUUCUUUAAAAAAAAUAAAACGGCAAGAAAUUUCUUUGCAAGACAAGAAUUGGCAAGAACUUUCUUUACAAAACUUGAUAUGGCAUUUUGCGUAUAACUUGUCGUCCGCAUUCUGCAGAACGGCAAACUUUGUUAUUUUAAUUCAAAACGGCAAGAACUUCCUUUACAAAACAAAAAAUAGCAAGAACUUUCUUUACAAAACCAAGAUCGGCAUUUUUCGUAUAACCUAUCACCCGCAGGCUGCAUAAUGACGAACUUUGUUGUUAUGACAAAAAAUGGCAAGAAUUUUCUUCACAAAACAUGAAAUGGCAAGAACUUUCUUUACAAUUUUAAAUAUUUUCAGAAAAGUAGUAGAAGGCUUGGAAUACGCCUGUGGAAUGCCAUCUUUACAUUACCGGUCAGAAAUGGUCGAUAAAUGCUCUGAAACUGGACUAAAACUGACAAAUUCGGUCAAUUUGUGUGAAGAAACUGGCAAACCUUAUCAUUAUUGUUUCUCACACUCUGGUCUAUUCAUGUGGCUGACCAAUUCAAAGAUCAUCUCUCAUUUAAUCAAGACUUCGCAGGCUUUGAGGAUCUUGCCGCGAGGCUUUUACAAGUUUAAUAAGACCUUCUUGAGGGGUACUGUAGGCAAAAUUGUCCAAGGAGGCCAGAUGGGCAUUCUGGAUGGAGGAGAGAUAUUGGUCUUUACGAAAGAGUAAAAUACGAUCCAUAAAGUUGUUUUGAAAAAUAAACUAUCAUUACCCUACCCCGCUCUAAACUAUCUUUUCUUAGGCCCUACGGUGCUUUGAGCCUUAAUUUACUUUAAACCCUAUCGUACUCUAGCCUCUAUCGUACCCUAGCUUCUACCGUACCCUAGGCCCUACCGCACCCUAGGCCAUACCAUUCCCUAGGCUUUGCCGUACCCUAGGUUCUACCGUACCCUAGGCCCUACCGUACCCUAGGCCCUACCGUACCCUAAGCCUUACCGUACCCUACGCCUUACCGUACCCUAGGCUCUACCGUACCCUAGGCCCUACCGUACCUUAAGCCUUACCGUGCCGUAGGGCUUUCUGUGUCUUAUUUUCUACUACAUCCUACACUCUUCUGAACCCUGUUUCAUGCCGUUUUUUACAUUUUAUCGUACCUUAGACCUUAUCCUAAUAAAACCUUUAUUGUACUUUAUCUUGUCCUACUCUACCUUAUCCUAUCUUAUCUUAUGCUACUCUAUCUUGUCAAAAAAAGUCUUGUCGUUUUUUUUAAUGAAAGUAUAUGUACUUAGCGCCAAAACUUUUUUUGGAUAAAUUAUUUUUGAUAAUUUGGAUGAUCAUUGUUUAUUUAUAACAAGAUAGUUUUAAACUAAUAAUUACUUUUUCAGUUUUUUAGCAUUAUAUAUGUAUAUUAUAGUUGCCACAGGUUUUGCAUUUAAAAAAUAAGUUCACUAUAUUUAUUUUAAAAUGUCUUUACCCUACCUUACCUUACAAUACCUUACUUUAUCUUACAAUGUCUAUCCUAACCUAUAAUAAACCAUCCUAAAAAGUUUGCUUCAGAUGACAGAAAGACAGCCAAAACGGGUAGGAAUUAUUGGGUAUGGUCAUAUCGGCCAGUUUUAAAAAUCGAGCUAGCGAAACAAAAGAAUUUCGUAGUCCAAACGAUUUGGAACCGAACUGAAGAUGAGAAGGAGAACGUUCUUCCAUUGACAGAACUAACGGCCGAACGGUUGGAAGACAUUGACCUUGUGAUAGAAGUGGCACAUCCUCAUAUCGUCGAGAAUUACGGCCCAUUGAUUCUUAAGCAUGCUGAUUUUUUCGUAAGUAUUAUUUUUAUCGUAUUUUACAAAAAAAAAUUAAAAUUUUUUUUAAAAUUUUUAUAAAAAUUUUUGAAUUUUUUUAGAUUGGCUCACCUACAUCACUAGCCGACCGUGAUUUGUAUGACAGUCUACAAGAACUGCUCAAACAGUAUCCAGAAAGAGCCGUCUUUGUACCUUCUGGAGCCUUCUGGGGCUCAAAUGACGUCAAAAAGAUGGCUGACUUGGGCACGUUAAAAGUAAGUUGAUACCCUAGCUCAGAGCCCUAGCGAAAAGCCUUAACCUAGAGCACUAUCUCAGAGCCCCGGCCCAGAUCCCUAGCCCAGAGCGCUAGCCUAGAACCCUAGCCCAGAGCCCUAGCUCAGAGCCCUAGUCUAGAGACUUUACCAUAGUCUACUCUAUUUUUACUGUACUGUUGCUUAGCCUUACCGUACCUUCUUCUUGCUUUAGCCUUUUUUUACCUUUCGUAACUACUUAGACUCACCGUAUCUCAGAUUCUGUCAUACCUUAGACUCUACCGUACCGUAUGCCUUACCAUAUCUUUGAGGUGAGCCUAAAGUACCUUGGUCUAAUCUUAAAAUACCCUUGCUUAGGCUUACCAUACUCUGGCUUGGGUCUACCGUGCUUUGAGUUCGGCCGAUUUUUCUCUGAUUGAAAUCUAUUAUACUCUGUUUUAGGCUUAAAUAUGGACCUUUACGUGGCUUUACUGUACUUAUUCUUUGAUCUAGCUUACCUUAUUGAGGCUCAACUAUAAUAACUUACUCUGUGGAUGGCUUUUUGUCUUUUAUUUGUUAUACUUUGUUAUUAGUAUUGUACUUAUUAGCCUCCUAUAUCACAACCCUUUCCAGGCUCUCCAAAUCACAAUGAUAAAGCACCCAGACAGCUUCAAAGUCCUCGGUCGUCUACAAGAGCUAAACAAAUCUGCCAAAGACUCGAAUAGUCCAAUGGUGCUCUACGAAGGUCCAGUACGACAUUUAUGCCCAUUAGCUCCGAACAACGUUAAUACAAUGGCAGGAGCUGCGAUUGCUGCUCAUAACCUUGGUUUUGAUCGAACUAUGGCCAAGUUAAUCGCUGAUCCUGCUUUGAAGGAUUGGCAUAUUGUGGAGUAUGAACUUAAGGUGGGUUUGCAAAUGAAUGUUUUUACAAGGUAUAAUAAGAAAUGGCAUAAACAAUUCUUAAAAUAUCACAAAAAUUCCAAAAAAAUGUUUAAAUAUCGGAAAAAAUUGCCAAAUUUACAAGAAAAAUAGCGAAAAAUUUAAAAUUUAUGCAAAUUUUCGCAAAUUUUAAAAACUUGCAAUAAUUUUUAUUAAAACUACAUUCUUUUGUCUGUCAAACAAUAGUAAUAUGUUUAAUUAAAAAUGACAUUUUCAGGGAGAAAAUGGCUUUUGCACCAAGCUGAGACGUGAAAAUCCGGCCAAAAAGGGCGCUGUCACUGGAGAUUUCACUUAUUUUUCAUUUCUCAGCAGUGUUAUUGGUAAGUUUUGACUUUUGUUUAAAAAAAAUUUUUUAAAAAACUAAAAAAAUUUAAAAAAAAUAUUUUUUUUAAAUUUUUUAAAGAUAUUUUAGGCUUAAAUAAAUUAUUUCUUAUUUUUUUAAAAUAAUUUUAGGCUUAAAUAAAAUUUUUUUUAUUUCUUAAAAUUAUUUUAGGCUUAAAUAAUUUUUUUUUAUUUUUUAAAAUUAUUUUAGGCUUAAAUAAUUUUUUUUUUAAAUUUUAUAUUUUUUUAAAAUUUUUUUAAAAUUUUUUUCAAACUUACAAAUUUUUUUAAAAAAUUUUUUAAAAGUAUUUUUUAAAUUUUUUAAUAAAAAGUCUUCAGAAACUCUUUACAAGCCCCCAGGCUUCAAUAUCUGUUAG